UUCACAAGAUUUAUGAGACACUGUGAAAGAGUGAACUCAACAUCAUUGCCCAGGUAAAGAAAGAGCAGCAGAAGCCUGGGCUCUCGCUACUAGCUACAACUGUGCACCAACCUAGGAAACAGCCUUUCAACUGACCUCAGACUCAUUAUAUUCAUCCAUGACAACAUGGUGGUAAAAACAAGAAAACAAAACGUGAAGGAUCAAGCGCCCCAGGCAAGCGACAAAGACAGGAGUCCGCUUAUGUCGACAGGCACUGGGAAAAGUAGGCGAACUGGCAAAGAUGGCAAAGGGACCACUUUCAACAGCUUGCUGCAGAAUAAGAAUGGAUUGUUCCCUGGGCAUUCAUUAAUCAGAAACAAGCUUGGAUUCACGCUGGCACUGGCUGCUCUGGCUGGAUACCUCCAUUGGUACCAUCUCACACACCUUUUUGAGAAUGACAGACAUUUUUCACACCUGUCAGCCUUAGAGAAGGAAAUGGCCUUUCGUACAGAAAUGGGCCUAUACUACUCUUACUUCAAGACCAUCAUUGAAGCCCCGUCCUUCCUCAGUGGCCUGUAUCUGAUCAUGAAUGAUCGUCUAACAGAGUAUCCCCUGGUUAUAAACACACUAAAGCGGUUCAAUCUCUAUCCAGAGGUGGUCCUGGCCAGCUGGUACAGAAUCUACACGGGCACAAUGGACUUCUUUGGACUCCCUACUAAGAUGUGUUGGUCUAUCAACAGAGGGGAUGGGUUGGCCCCUGUCGACAGCUGUGAAGGUUUGGGUGACCCGGCCUACUUCUAUGUCACUUUUGUGUUUAUUUUGAAUGGCCUGAUGAUGUGCCUGUUCUUCCUCUAUGGAACCUACCUUAGUGGGAGCCGGCUGGGUGGCACAGUUACGGUCAUGUGUUUCUUCUUCAACCACGGAGAGAGCACCCGUGUGAUGUGGACUCCGCCCCUGAGAGAGAGCUUCGCUUACCCCUUCCUGGUCCUGCAGAUGUUGCUGCUCACUUACAUCCUCCGGACCCGGAACCCGAGCAGAAAGGCCAUGGUGGCUCUGGGGGUCUCCAGUUUGUUCUUCAUGCUGCCUUGGCAAUUUGCCCAGUUUGUACUGCUCACCCAGGUUGCUUCUCUGUUUGCAUCGUAUAUCCUGGGCUACCUGAGUCCAACCAAGAUGCAGUCCCUGCUGGUCACUCAUAUGAUCACCCUGGGCGUUUGCUUCAUUUUGAUGUUUGGCAACAGCAUGCUGCUGACCUCCUUCUAUGCCUCCUCGCUGGUGUCCAUCUGGGCAAUAGUUGCGUUGAGGCACCGAUUUGCUGAAGCCUUCCAACCUGGCCUCAUCACUUGGAUGAUGCAGGGCCUGACGUGGCUCAUCUCUACGGUGAUCCUCAAGUUCAUGAUGUCUGCCAUUUUCGGAGCCUCAGAUGACGCUCACAUCAGUGGUUUGAUCAAGUCCAAGUUCACCAGCUACAAGGACUUCCACACAUUGAUGUACACCUGUGCUGCUGAAUUUGACUUCAUGGAGAUUGAGACCCCCUUGCGCUACAUCAAGACCUUGUUGCUCCCUAUCAACAUGCUUGUGGUUGCAGUCAUUGCUGGGAGGACUAUCCAGGAUGUUGUGAGCUUCCUGAGAGGAGAGAGAGAGUCUGUGAAACCUGAAGACAGUGACUCUGAAGAUGCUCCUUCAAUGUUGGCAAAAGGAGAGCUGGUCUACCACAGUCUACAGCUGGUCGCGUUCGCAGUCCUGGCGGUUCUCAUCAUGAGGCUCAAGCUCUUUCUCACGCCCCACAUGUGCAUCAUGGCCUCCCUCAUCUGCUCCAAACAGUUGUUUGGCUGGAUUGGGGAGAAGUUCAAGCUCCAGAUGAUGGUCUUCGCGGUCCUCUCCAUCAUGGCCAUGCAGGGGGCGGCCAACCUACAGGCUCAGUGGGGCAUCAUGGGGGAAUUCAGCAACCUCCCCCAGGAGCAGAUGCUGGACUGGAUCCGUGACAACACCCAGCCCGAUGCUGUGUUUGCUGGGGCCAUGCCCACCAUGGCCAGUGUGAAGCUCUCCACCGGACGUCCCAUUGUCAAUCACCCCCACUAUGAAGACGCAGGACUGAGGGAGAGAACGAAGCUGGUGUACUCCAUGUAUAGUCGCAAGUCAGCUGAGGCGGUCAAGAGGAACCUGUUGCAGCUGGAGGUGGACUACUUUGUCCUAGAGGACUCGUGGUGUACACGUCGCACCAGGCCCGGCUGCAGCAUGCCAGAGAUCUGGGACGUGGAGGACCCCAAAAACAUGGGUAAAGUUCCCCUGUGCACGUUCAUCUCCAGGGACUCCAGACCUCACUUCACCACAGUCUUUCAAAACAAUGUUUACAAAGUCUUGGAAGUUCCCAAAGCAGCUACAGACUUCAGAUAACAGCAGGGUCAGUCCUGUUUUUAGCCACACCUUCUAGUAUUUUUCAAUGGCUGGUGUGUUUUUUAAUAAGGGAUUAUUCCUCUAUUUUGGUUGGUCAGUUUGCCUGUUAAAGAAGCCACUGACCUGUGCUGUGUUUGCUUCAUAUUUGGUGAAGCUCUGGUUCUGAUAGGGGAGGUAUUGAUGAAUCAAUGUCCCUCUUUGUGUCGUGAGGCUUAGGAUGAUCCUACCGGUUCUUCUUUGUGUUGCUACUUUUGAGAGCGUUUGUGUUCUGACAAAUCUGCCAUCAAUAAUGCUGCAUUUUCAAAGGUUAUUGUUGAAUUUCUGAAAUGUAUUUUAUGCUCUUGAGUAUUGAUCCUGUGGUGUUGGAGUUUUCCCUGGUACUCACUGUUACCUGAGAUGAUUAUUGUGUGUAAUUGUUCAGUUAAUUGAACAAGCUAUUGUAGCUAGGCUAUACAAUGUCAGUAUUAUUGAGAAGUUUUAAAACGCCCCCACUUUUGGUCUAUUUUUCAUUAUAGAAUACGUAGCCUAUGCUGUCAGCCAGGAACUAUCUUAGAGGUACAUUGUAAUGUGAAGCAAUAUCUUUUCAAACUUGACAAAGGCUUUAUUCAUUUUUUACAAUGAUUAUAAGAUUUCACAUGUCAUUAUCUAGUAUACAUUUAUGAUAAUUUAUUGGUCGUAGCAAUUUAUUUGAUAGCUUUAUGCAAACCUGUGCUAAUAGUUUUUGUAUCGCAAAUUUAAUUUGUGGUGUAUUUUGUAUGUUAGGUUUUUAUUUUGUGUUUAAGGGCCUGUUCAGUGUGUGUACCGAUAUUGUUCUAUGGCCUACUGAUUUUAAUUUGUUUGUAUUUACAGUACACAGUGUUGUGUUGUCAUAAGGUCAAUUCCUGUUAUUACAGAUAAAAUAUUCUGGUUCAUGUACUGUAAAGGAUAUCUGAAAUGUCUACGAGGUAACACAUUACAACUAGCAGCAGUACAUUUUGCCCUAAAUCAUAAGAUACAGUAUUUUUACUUACUCCUUAGCAGUCCUUUGAAACUCAUUUUUUCACUUUUAUUUUAAAAAGACUCGUACUCUGCAGCACAAGAAGGGAGUUACUGCACAUUUGUAUGUAUUUGUAACAUUUACCAUAGCACCUGUUUUCAACAGUGGUAUUUGAGCUUAAAUAAAGUAAUUGGACACAGUAAAAUGUGGUGAGGACAUCCAUGUUUGACAACAUGAAUGCGUUGCACCCUUGUAAUGCUCUUGCUUUCACUUUCUCUUGAACCUUUAACAUUAGGGCUGCCGUUCUAAUACCGUUGCAGUAUCAUCCAUCUAUUUAACAGCAUUAAAGCUGUCAACACUAACAUUAAAUAAAGUAUUAAUGUGGUACUGUACAUACAGUAUUGAUGUGAAUUGGACAAAACGACCCUGUUAAUCUGCUGGGCACAAUAUUUCCAGAUUUUAGUAUUAGUCUCAUCAAUCCUAUGAUUCCCUCUGCCUUUAAACAUUGUGGUAUUGUUAAGCAUGGAACUGACUGUAACAGUCUAGUUUAUUCUACCGUGCAAAUGUCCAACUUCUGGACAUUUUGCUGCUCACCUAUAAUGGAGAUUAAAUCAUUCAAUCCAGUAGGCACAAUAUAAAAUCUCCAAGCAAGAGACACUACAAAUUGUGUUCUGCAAAGAAAAUCACUUACAAAUGUUAGCUUUACAGUUGUGUAGUACAGCUGGCCAAAAAUGUAAUUGUGGUCCUAAAUUCCAGUUUUUCUUACGAGGAAAUUUAUACAGUCAAAAUAUCUGACAUUACUUUUUGAUUAUUAUUAAUUUCACUUUUUUUGUUGUAUAAUUAACACAGUUGAGAAUUUGCAUUUGGAUGUGGUUUGAUGUAACAAGUUACUUUUUUGUUUGUUUAGUUUUUUUUCUCUUUUGUUUGUGUGUUAAAGGACUAGUUUGGUUUACAAUGUAUUUUAUAAUAAUUGUUAAUUUGAUUUUUUGAAAGCAAUAUUCUCUCAAACGUUUAGUAAAAUGUUUUGUGAAUAAAUGCUUGUAAACGAC